AACUUGGUCACCGGUUUCCUCCAGAUUUCAGAAUCAUUUCAGACUCGAUAGACGACGGAUACCCGAUAUCGGUCCGGGUGGCCAAUUUUUGCACGAAGAAGAUCCAUCCAAUGACCUUUUGGACGAAUGGGACCUGCUGGCCAACUCCGAAGCCAAGCUUUGUGGUGGGUCUUGGUCAAUUUUCAUUAUGUAUAGAGAAUCCAAAGUAUGGGGCGACGGAGAACUUCGCCUCACACCGGGGUGGAUCGGCACCACAAUACGGAGUAAUGAAAACUUAGUUGUCGAGUCAUAUAUCAGCAAGACGAUCCGCCCUGAACUGCAUUCACUGUCUUUAAAGCUUGUUGCGCCUUUUGUCUGGUCUCUCUUGCCUCCCUUGCUAUUAAUCGAAUUGAAACACCAUGGAGGCCAUCAACGCGAACCCUCCCGCAUACAGGAAUGAGAAAGUCGAAGAGACCAAGUACACCUCGGACUAUGAGGAGGAGGGCCAACUCAAGACUGGCCAGGUUGCAGAUGCCUUUGGAAACGAGGAGUCUGCAGAGAUCAAGUAUAAGACGUUGAAGUGGUGGCAAUGUGGCUUGCUCAUGAUCUGUGAAUCCGUGUCGCUCGGUGUGCUAUCCCUGCCGGCUGCUGUGGCUACUCUGGGUCUUGUCCCAGCUGUCAUUCUGAUUGUCGGUCUUGGUCUGCUCGCAACCUACACUGGAUACAACAUUGGUUUAUUUAGAGAGAGAUACCCUAAAAUCCAGAACCUUGGAGAUGCCGGAGAGAUCCUGAUGGGCCCUAUUGGCCGGGAAAUCUUCGGUCUGGGUCAAUUCUUAUUCUUUAUCUUCGUCAUGGGAAGCCAUAUCCUGACCUUUCGGGUCAUGAUGAACACUAUCACUGAGCAUGGCACCUGCUCGAUCGUCUUUAGUGUUGUUGGCACGGUUAUUUCCAUGGUCCUCUCGAUCCCCCGUACCAUGAAGGGGUUGACAUGGAUUUCGUUUGCAUCGUUCCUCAGCAUUUUUGGCGCCGUCAUGAUUACCAUGGUCUCUGUCGGUGUGCAAGAUCACCCCGGCCGCAUUAUCGAGGCGACAGUCGACACCACUCUCUACUCCGGAUUCCAGGCUGUUUCCAACAUAGUUUUUGCCUACUGCGCCCACGUUGCCUUCUUCGGCCUGAUCGCCGAAAUGGAAAACCCCAAAGAUUUCAAGAAGUCGCUGUUCAUGCUUCAAUCCUUCGAGAUUUGCUUGUAUCUCACUGCCGCCGUGGUGAUUUACUACUUUGUCGGCAAAGACGUAGCAUCACCGGCUCUGAUCUCUGCAGGGCCUGUGAUGAAGAAGGUCGCUUUCGGCAUUGCUAUUCCUACGAUUGUUGGAGCGGGUGUGGUCAAUGGUCACGUCGGUCUCAAAUACAUAUAUUUCCGUCUUUGCCAUAAGUCGGAUCUGAUCCACAGCCGUAGCAAACGCUCUGUCGGAAUCUGGAUCGGUCUCGGUCUGACUUGCUGGGUUGUCGCCUGGGUCAUUGCAGAGGCCAUUCCCGUGUUCAGUGACCUGAACGGGUUGAUUAGCGCGCUCUUCGCCAGUUGGUUCAGCUAUGGGCUCAGUGGUGUCUAUUGGCUUCAUCUGAACUAUGGGCAGUGGUUCGCCAGCCCUCGUAAGAUUCUGCUCACCAUCCUCAACAUCUCCAUUGCCCUGUUCGGUCUGGCCCUCUGUGUCUUGGGCUUAUAUGCAUCAGGCACGGCCAUCCACAAUGAUACCAGCAGCAGCAGCUUCAGCUGUGCCAAUACGGACGCUUAGGUCUUUUUUUGUAAAUAGUUAAUUGUACAUAGACAUGUCCGUUUGACACGCAGUUGCAUUAGAGCCAUGAUUUUUCAUACUUGCUAUGUUGGCCUCCUAACAUCUACCUUGGAAAGUUCGUAAAAUCUGUUUCGAUACGACCAUCAUGAGGGAACAUUACCAAUCAUUCCUGUUCUCCAGUCUGC